AUGUUUGGCGCUUUUUUGGAAACUCAUGUGAAGCAAGAUGUUUUGGCAUCUCUAAUAACCUCUACUCUACCAGGAUGGAAAUUUGACUCAAACCACAGCCCUCAUGCUGAGAAUGGUCGCAUAGUUGUGGUUUGGAACCCCUCACUAUCUGUUGCUGUCUACUUCCGCUCUCCGCAGAUCAUGGUUUGUGGGGUUUUUGAUCCAGCUACCCAACAACACAUCUCCGUUUGUUUUGUCUAUGCUUUCAAUGAACGAGUUGACCGUAUGCCUCUAUGGACAUCAAUCAAACAGAUUUCUCAAUCAACUAUUAUUCAGAACUCUCCCCUGCUUGUGAUCGGUGACUUUAAUCAGGUAUUGGCAGUAUCAGAGGCUUACUCCUUGCAUCCUUCGGAUUUGUCGAUUGGAGCUUGGCUUGAAAAAUUUCCCAAUUCCCUUGCAAUCUUCGACCCGCCAGGAUCAUCAGACCACUCUCCCUGCAUUGUGCAAUGUGGCAAUGACCCUCCUCGAAGGAAUGUCAGAUUUACUUUCUUCACAUUCUUCACUUCUCACCCGGACUACAACGAUCUGAUGAAGUUAGCCUGGACACCACCGGUCUCAUCCUCUCCUCCUAUGAUCUCUCUUUAUCAGAAGCUCCGAGCAGCAAAGUUAUGCUGCAAAGGGAUAAACAGAACUGGCUUCAGCAACAUCGAAAAGAGAACCAAAGAAGCUCUUGAGAAACUCCAGGAAAUUCAAACUCAGGUUUUAACGACCCCUUCUCCGCAUCUGUUUCAAGCUGAAGCAAGUGCAAGAGACUCCUGGCUUCUCCUAGCAGCUGCUGAACAAAAUUUCUUCAAGCUCAAGUCCAGGGUUAGAUGGGAGACGAAGGGUGAUCUGAACACGGCUUUUUUUCACAAGUCUGUCAAAGCAAACCUGGGUAGGAAUGUUAUUCAUUUCCUAACUGAUGAGAAUAAUAGAAGAGUGUUUGAUAGACAAGAACUGAAGAAUAUGGUCAUUCGGUUCUACACUUAUCUACAAGGAAGAUCCAAUGUGGCAGUCAUUCCCUACACAAUUGACUAUUUACGGGCAAUACAUCCAUAUCGCCAUGACUCCUCCAGAACAGAUAUUUUAGUGGCAAUACCUUCUGCAGAGGAGAUCAGAGAUAUUGUUUUGUCUUUACCUAAGUGUAAAGCACCGGGGCCAGACGGAUUCUCUUCUGAAUUCUUCAUCUCAUCUUGGGAUCUCGUGGGAACGGAUUUAACUGUGGCAGUAAGGAGCUUCUUUCUUACUUCCUCUAUGCCUAGACAAACAAAUGCAACGGUGAUCUCUUUGAUUCCAAAGACAACUGGAGCGUCAUCCUUGUCCGACUUCAGACCUGUCUCGCUAUGCAACACAGUCUACAAAAUAAUCUCAAAGAUCUUAUCUGCAAGGCUGAAGACUAUUAUUCAAGAUACAGUACAAAGGAACCAAGUGGGGUUUGUGAAAGGCCGAGUUCUUGGAGAUAAUGUUCUUCUUGCAUCUGAGUUGGUCGCUGACUUUCAUAAGAGGGGAAGAAUUACUAAAGGCUGUCUACAGGUGGAUAUAUCGAAAGCUUUUGAUAGCAUUGAGUGGCAGUUCAUCCUCAAUAUUCUGGUAGCUUUCAACCUCCCACCGGAUCUCAUCAAUUGGAUAAAGACCUGCAUCACAACGCCUUACUACUCUGUUGCUUUAAAUGGAGAAUUAUCGGGUUUCUUCCCGGGAAAAAAAGGUCUACGACAAGGUGAUCCGAUUUCCUCUUCCCUGUUUGUUAUGGCUAUGGAUAUUCUUGCCAAAGAACUGGACAUUGCGGUGCGUGAAGGAAAAUUCGGAGCCCACCCGAACUGUCUUGACCCCCUGGUAACGCAUCUGAGCUUCGCCGAUGAUCUGCUUAUUUUUUUCGAUGGAACAUCUACAUCCCUUCGCGGUAUCCUAGAAGUGCUCAGGGACUUUCAAAAAAGCACGGGUCUUGCUCUAAACCUUCGAAAAACUUGCGUUUUUGUUAAUGGAGAUGACGCUGACGCUUCUAGAAGUCUGGCUUCAGAGUUUGGUAUUUCUCAGGGGUCCCUCCCAGUUAAAUACUUAGGGUUGCCUUUGCUACCUCAUAAGGCUCGGAGAACGGACUACCAACCAUUGCUAGACAAGAUUCGAUCUCGAGUUACCUCUUGGCAAGCCAGGCAACUGUCUUUCGCAGGGAGGUUGCAACUAAUUCAGUCAGUCUUAUACAGCAUCAUAAGCUUUUGGGCUUCGGUCUUUCCCUUAUCUAAGGGCUGUGUGGAGGAUUUGGAAAAAAUGUUAAACGCUUUCCUCUGGUCUGGGGCACCGGACUCAGCACGUGGAGCAAAAGUGGCAUGGGAAUCUGUUUGCACUGCCAAAGAGAGUGGAGGGCUGGGUUUGCGUCGGAUAGCAGAACUUAAUACAGUCUACGGAAUCAAGCUCUUGUGGAACAUCUUCUCUGGCUCUGACUCCUUGUGGGUUGCUUGGGUAAAACGUCACUAUAUUCCACCAAACCUUUUCUGGACAGCGGACUUCACAACGGUUGGGAGUUGGAUAUGGCGUUGGCUGAUGAAGCUCCGAGAUUUAGCUCGUCCUUUCCUCCUAACCAAUGUCGUUUCUGGAAGGAACACUUCCUUUUGGCAUGAUAAUUGGACCACUGAUGGGCCAAUUCUCUCAACAACAGGACCAACAGGACCCAUGGUCUCAGGCAUCCCCAUAGACGCCUCUGUUGCAUCCGCUGUAACAAAUGGAGACUGGAAUAUAUCAUCAAGGAGUAGGCAUUCGGUUCUUAGAUACAUUCGCUCUGUACUUCCAGCUCAGGCUCCGGACGUAAAUUCACCAAAUGAAGACAACUUCAUGUGGCUCAAUUCUCUGGCCGACCAACCUUCGGAUUUCUCUGUUUCUAAGUUCUUCAGAACUCUUAACCCUGAUCCUCCUGCAAUACCCUGGCACAAGGUGGUCUGGUUUAAGAAGCGGAUCCCAAGACAUUCCUUCAUAACCUGGCUGGUAAUGAGAGAUAGAAUGGUGACACGUGACAGAUUAAUUUCUUGGGGUAUGGAUGUAUCCCCCUCAUGUUUGCUGUGUGGAACGAGGGCUGAAUCAGUAAAACAUAUAUUUUUUGAGUGUGAUUACUCUCUUAGAGUGUGGAAUGACAUAAUGGCGAGAUCAAGGCUCCAACCUCCUUCAGCUCUUCAUGCCAUCGUCAACUGGCUCUCUUCGCCUCAGCUCCAAGGGAAACUGAGAACCAUGUUGCAUCUCAUCUUUCAGGCCACUAUCUACCACCUCUGGAAGGAAAGAAACAAUAGGCUCCAUUCAAAUAUAGCAAGGCCUCCUGGACAAAUCAUAAAGGAAAUUGCCCUACAGCUGCGUUCGAAGUUGUUUUCACUUGACAGGGAGCCCACAGUUAUGCAGAGACUUUCCACUUCAACAAGACAGCAACAAGAGACGUACCUCACCAUUUGGUUUGAUAGAGUUCAACGCUAA